UGUAUCUGUGGCAGUAGCAUUUGAUUUGAGUCAUUGGAAUUGUUUUUGAUGCAGCAUUGAGGAAGCACAAGCUUCUCAUGUUUAUAGCUACAAGCAUGGUUUUAAAGGAUUUGCAGCCAAGCUCACUGAUGAACAAGCUUAUCAUAUUUCAAAAAUGCCAGAAGUGGUUUCUGUGUUCCCCAAUUCCAAGAGAAAGCUGCAUACAACUCAUUCAUGGGACUUCAUGGGGCUUCUUGAUGACCAAACCAUGGAGACUCUUGGCUACUCCAUAAGGAACCAAGAAAAUAUCAUAAUUGGUUUCAUUGAUACUGGAAUUUGGCCUGAAUCCCCAAGCUUCAUUGACACUGACAUGCCUCCAGUGCCACCUGGAUGGAAGGGAAAAUGUCAACCAGGAGAAGCAUUCAAUUCUUCAACUUGCAACAGGAAAGUAAUUGGAGCUAGAUACUAUAAGAGCGGAUAUGAAGCUGAAGAGGAAGGUUCAGAUGCAAAGACCUCAUUCAGAUCUGCAAGGGAUAGCACCGGCCAUGGUAGCCAUACAGCAUCCAUAGCUGCAGGGCGCUAUGUGGCAAACAUGAACUAUAUGGGGCUGGCAGCUGGAGGAGCCAGGGGAGGUGCACCUAUGGCUAGAAUUGCUGUGUACAAGACAUGUUGGGAUUCAGGUUGCUAUGAUGUGGACUUGCUAGCUGCAUUUGAUGAUGCAAUAAGAGAUGGGGUUCACAUUUUGUCACUAUCUCUUGGAGCUGAGUCUCCACAAGGAGACUAUUUCAGUGAUGCAAUAUCUGUGGGGUCAUUUCAUGCUGCCAGCCGUGGUGUUCUUGUUGUGGCAUCAGCUGGCAAUGAAGGCCACCCUGCCUCUGCCACUAAUCUUGCCCCAUGGAUCCUCACUGUUGCUGCCAGCUCAACAGACAGGGAUUUCACUUCUGACAUCAUUUUUGGAAAUGGUGUUAGAAUCAUGGGUGAAAGUCUUAGUAUCUCAGAAAUGAAUGCUUCCACAAGUAUAAUAUCUGCUUCUGAAGCCUUUGCAGGAUACUUUACCCCUUAUCAAUCCAGUUACUGUUUAGAGAGCUCUCUUAAUAAGACCAAGACCAAAGGGAAAGUGCUAGUGUGUAGGCAUGUAGAGAGUUCAACAGAAUCAAAGGUGGCAAAGAGCAAGAUAGUGAAAGAUGCCGGAGGAGUUGGAAUGAUACUCAUUGAUGAGACAGAUCAGGAUGUUGCAAUUCCAUUUGUGAUCCCCUCAGCUAUUGUUGGAAACAGAAUUGGAGCAAGGAUUCUAUCUUAUAUCAGAAGAACACGUACUCCUAUGUCAAGGAUUUUCAAAGCAAAGACAGUUCUAGGAGCCCAGCCUGCGCCACGUGUAGCAUCAUUUUCUUCUAAAGGCCCCAAUGCACUCAACCCUGAAAUUUUGAAGCCUGAUGUGACUGCACCAGGACUGAAUAUACUUGCAGCAUGGUCUCCAGCAGCUGGAAACACCUUCAAUAUUCUCUCUGGAACUUCCAUGGCUUGUCCUCAUGUCACAGGAAUUGCAACCAUAGUCAAAGCUGUACAUCCUUCAUGGUCUCCAUCUGCUAUCAAAUCUGCUAUCAUGACCACUGCUACAAUUCUGGACAAGAACCAUAGACCGAUUAGCGCGGAUCCACAGCAAAGAAGGGCUAAUGCAUUUGACUAUGGAUCAGGUUUUGUGAACCCUGCAAGAGUUCUUGAUCCUGGUCUCAUCUAUGAUUCAGAGGCAUCAGAUUUUGUCACAUUCCUAUGUUCAAUUGGCUAUGAUCAGCAUUCACUCCAUCUUGUCACAAGGAACAACAACAGCACAUGUGAGCAUAGAACACUCACAACUGCUUCUGAUCUUAAUUAUCCAUCAAUUACAGUGCCAAAUCUCAAAAACAGUGCCUCAGUAACUAGGAUUGUUACCAAUGUUGGAAAAUCAAGAACUAUUUACAAAGCUUCAGUGCUUUCUCCACCUGGUGUUAAUGUCACUGUUAUUCCAAACAGAUUAGUAUUCUCAAGAUUAGGACAGAAAAUCAAGUUCAGAGUGAACUUCAAAGUGAAUAAUGCUCCAUCAAAGGGUUAUGGAUUUGGGUUCUUGUCAUGGAGGAAUAGAAGAUCACAAGUCACAAGUCCCAUAGUUGUCAAGGUUGCACCUUCAAAUCAUGGAUUGGUCAGAUAGUAAUGCAUGUAAAUAUAUAGCAAAAUAUAUAUGUUAGUUUAAGAGUUUGAGAUUACUAUAGUCCAUAGAACAACCAUUCAUAUUGAAUUCCUAUUGACCAAUGCCAAAGUUCACUAGUUUAUAUGAUUGGAGCAUAAGCAAUCAUUAUAUAAAACAGAAUUCAAAGAAAUUAUAUAUGUAGAUGCUUUGAGGUUA